AUGCAGGAGUUCUCCUGCUGCACAUCAGACAUCGAGGCUGAGAACCUCAAGGACUGGGUGGAGACCGACGAGUGCAUCAAAGCCUGUGGACUCACCCGGAGCACCGUGGGGAUCUCAUCGGACUCUCUGUUAGAUCCUCGUUUUGCUCAGAAGCUGUGCUCACCUCCAUGCUACCAGGAGUGCCCCAACAUUGUUGAUCUAUACUUCAACCUCGCAGCUGGUGAAGGUGUGUUCCUUCCAAAGUUAUGUCAGGCAUCAUCGAAUGCUCGCCGAGGCAUGGAAGAGAUCAAGAGCUCCAGUGCAGCAGCGGCAGGGCCUGCAUCAGGGUCGGCAGCGGUGGCCUGUGCCCCAGGGCAGUCUGAGACGGGUUUCGUUUCCGGUGCAGCCAUGGCGCCUCUCUGA